CACAUUAACUAAACUCUGGGCAGGUGCUUGGUGACUGUCCUUAAAAGACAAGUUGUGCCUUGAAGGUAUAUAUACAAUCCAGGCUGUUAAAUAUAAACAGCCCAGCAUUUGCCUGACUAAUUUAACCUGCUAAAGCUGAAGGUGAUCUGGUCACUAGGCCGUCAGACUGGCACUCUGCUGAGAGUGGCGAGUGAGGGGGUUCCACACUGAGGAGCGCAGACAUGGGCAGGACUGGCCUCCUGUUUAUGGUGCUGCUGCUAACUGAUUAUGUUCACACAGUCUCAGCGAUACCAGAUGAUGAAUGCCCUGAUGCCUAUCCAGCCCGAGAGAACUGUGAGUUUGAUGAAGUCUGUGAGGAUGCCAGCUGUAAGUAUAACCAGUAUGUGACCUGCCACCUGAAUCGCUGUGGAACCUGUGAGGCUGUUUUCCGUGGCUAUGACAACCUGACUGUCAGCUGUAACCAAUUGACCCCGAAAUGCCGGCUAUUGCACCUGGAGAUGCUUCACAAGAUGCGCACGGCCAGUAGCCACCCUGGUGGCAGGAGGGUGGAUGACCUGUAUGACCCAGACUGUGAGACCAAUGGCACCUUCAAGGCCAAGCAGUGUGAUGAUGACUCCAACCUUUGCUGGUGUGUGGACAGUGCUGGAGUCAGGCUCACCGACAAGACAGGCGAUGACCCCAAAUGUGACCAGCUCGUCCGUGUCCACCUCAUUCAGAUCGAUUUCAGCUUCAAAGUGGAGUUUGUCUUCCUCAAGAUGAAGGAGCAAGCUCUGCGCCGGAAGGUGGCCAUUAAACUGGUUAAAGAGUACACGCUAAAGGCAACUCAGAUCCUGGAAAUUAAGGUCCAUGAGAUAUCCCGAGAAAUCAGCAUCCGGCUGGGUGAGAAUGGUACAAAAGACCCAACUGACAUCUCCACUGUGGCCUAUUACAUUGAGAGAGAUCUAAAGAUGAACAAAUUCACCCUGGAAGUGGAUGGAAAGAGCCUGCAGGUUGAAAGGGAGUCAGUACAGGUUUGGUUCUUUGACAAUGAGCCUCCACGAAUCAACAUGAAGACCAUUUCGCCUGGUUUUGCAGCCAUUAUCAUUAUCAUCGCCCUGGCUUUCCUAACUGGGAUUGCAGUGUUUGUUGUUGUCAGAAGGAGAGCUAAAGAGGACAGGCGGAGAAUCCAGUUUGAAGUGAUUGAGGGACAAGAAAUGGAUGACCAUCACCUUGCUCAGUGGAUGGGCUUAACACGUUAAAAUUAUCAAGAAGCUUUGUGCAUCUUGUGUCUCCUAUUUGUUGCACGCAAGGAGAUUUUGCAAAGGAGCCUCGUGUUUAUAAUUUGUUCUGCACAGUGCCAUGAGUAAACCCAACUGAUGAUUUUGAAGAUUGCCCUGAUUCAACACUGGAGAGAGUUCUAAAGGAGGAAGGUUGCAGAUGGUAAUAACAGGGAAUUUGCAGCCACUGGGCAGGACUGACACUCCAAUACGUUGCUGGGGCAGAUAUUAAAGUGAAGCACAGUCUAUGACUCCAGGCUGGCAUUGGGAGAUGCCAUGGCACUAUUGUAAGAGCAUCACAUUUGGUUCUGAGGUUAACAAACUUUUCUGGGACAACAGCAUGAGACAGCAAACUGUUUAUGGCCCUUUAGCUUUUCUUGGCCGGGAGGGGAGGGGGUUGGGGGUCGUCUGGAUUCAAUUUGGUAGUGGCACAGAAGUGGUCAGUAAUAAAUGAAUCGCUUGCCCCUGGUUUGCAGAGUGGAAAAUUGUAUAAAAGGUGACUUAUCUCUAUCACCCUUUCGCACCUUGGCUGAAGAUAGAGGCCACUGUGUUUCCCACCAUCUGCUAAAGGCUGUGAAUCUUCUCACAACGACUCCUAGUUGCUGCAAUGCUGUUGCUGGAGGAACAUCAGAAACUCUGCACAAACGUGGAUUCCUUGGCAGAACAUGAAAUGCUCCGAGAAAACUGGCAGCCGAAACACUUCAGUGAUCAAUGUGACAUUCUCUUGUUUAAAAAUUACUUUAACUGCACAGCACUGGUAAAAUAUUGAAAUUCCCAGCUUGUGAAAUAAAAACACUUCUACUGUAUGAAGGUCAAAAGUACAA